UUAUAUUUUUAACUAUUCUAAGUAUUUCAAUUUGUCGAGUAUCAAAAGAUUACGACAUACAAAAUAAUUAUUUAAUUUUUGUAAUCUUUGUUUGAGUUUAGACGUUGUUUAGUCAGUAGUUAAAUGCCGAAUAUUAAAUUUAAUUUGAUCGUUUCCACCUGCGAAAAUAAUGGAAUGGGCAUUAACGGAGACUUACCAUGGAGAAUACCAUCUGAAACCGAAUAUUAUCUACAAAUAACAACUGAAUGCAAAGAACAAUCUAAAAAAAAUGCUAUAAUCUUGGGACGAAAGUCAUGGGAGGCUACACCAUGGAAACCGCAUCCAAAUUGCAUUAAUCUAAUUUUAACCAGAUCAGAUGACUUAGAUUUGUCUGGAUAUCCCGACACUUACACAUGUAAAAGUCUGGCGGAUGCCGUACAAAAACUAGAGGAGGAUGAAGAUUUAAAAAAGAGAGUUGGAGAUGUUUGGAUUACUGGAGGAUCAACUGUAUAUAAGGAUGCUUUAAAUAGUAAACAUUUCUAUCGUCUAUACCACACUAGAAUUUUCCAUCCUUAUGAAUGUGAUACAUAUUUUCCUACAAUACCUCAACAUGUUAAAAGAGUAGAGGAUCCAAGAAUACCCCAAGGAAUUAAAGAAGAUGCUGGACACAAAUACCUUAUCAGUGUUUACGAAAAUCUUAAUUUUAAUAAAGAAUAAACUAUAA